AUGGGGAGAUUUUCAGUGCGUAGAUCUGAAGGCGAAGGAAACAGUGACUCGAAGAACAAAUGGCCCGUUUAUGGAAAACGCAGAACAGACACAAAGAGUGGAGAUAGACCCAGCAAGAGAAAAAAUGGAUCUUCUGUAGCUUUCUCCGGGAAUCCUCGAUUCUCCACCCCUGUAGUCACCGGCUCCUCUACCGCCGCCGCAAGCGCUACUACCUCUGCCGCUCCUCAAUUAAAAGCACAACAAAGAAUCCCAGGAAGACAAGAAGAACCCAUCCUAGUUAAUGAAUCUGGGGAAGGAACCGAAGAGGAAACAGAGGAAGAAAGUGAAGAGGAAAUAGAGGAAGAAACUGAAGAGCCUAAAGAAGGAGAGUGUAGCCAUGAAAGACAGGUUUCUGUAAUAUUUCCCGACCUCGACUUUCUGGAUUGCCCCAUCUGUCUUGAACCACUUGGGCUUCCCGUCUUUCAGUGCAAGAAUGGGCAUAUAGCGUGCAAAUCUUGCUGCACGAAGAUGAGGAACAAAUGUGGGAGUUGUUCUUUGCAGAUUGGGCACAUUCGUUGCAGGGCCAUCGAAACGGUGAUUGAAUCAAUCAAAAUCAAAUGUCUAAAUGCGUGCUAUGGAUGCCCGGAGACAAUGCUUUACAAUGAGAGACUUGAGCACGAGAAGGCAUGCGAUUAUGUGCCUUGUUCAUGUCCUCAACUUGAAUGUAAUUAUGUUGGCCCGCACUUUGGCUUGAUUAAGCACAUUGAGGCUGAACAUUCAGAUUCUUGCGAGGACUUUACUUUCGGUUGUAGCAUCAAGCUUUCUUUGGACACAAAUAAAAAGCAAGUCAUUCUUCAUGAAACAAGUGAAGAUGUAGUUUUUGUCCUUAAUCACUUCAUCGAGGAUCUUGGAAGUUUGAUCAAUGUUGUUUGUGCGGGACGAAGUUCAGAAAAGAGCAGAUACUCUUAUCUUCUCACAUCAGAAGAUGGAGAGAGCUCAAUCAAAUUAGAAUCAUUUGCGGAUAACGUACCAAAAUGGACUAUAAGUACUCCUCUGAAAAAUUUUCUUUUGGUUCCGAAGAAUUUUAUUGCUUCCAAUGGACAAAUCAAAUUGGAAGUUACCAUAAACGGAAGGACCGAUGGUCGCCUGUAG